AUGGAACGGAAAAUUAUUGAGUUGGAUCAAGGAUGGGACUAUAUGCAGAAGGGGAUCACGAAGCUAAAGAAGAUCCUAGAGGGAAUACCAGAGCCUCAGUUCAACUCAGAGGAAUAUAUGAUGCUUUACACAACUAUCUACAACAUGUGUACCCAAAAGCCCCCGAACGAUUAUUCUCAGCAGCUUUAUGACAAAUAUCGAGAGGCAUUUGAGGAAUACAUUACUUCAACGGUGUUGCCCUCUCUAAGAGAGAAGCAUGAUGAGUUUAUGCUGCGGGAGCUUGUCAAAAGAUGGGCUAAUCAUAAAGUUAUGGUUAGGUGGCUGUCACGUUUCUUUCAUUAUCUCGAUCGCUACUUCAUUGCAAGGAGGUCACUUCCUGCUCUAAAUGAAGUUGGACUCACCUGCUUCCGUGAUUUGGUUUAUCGGGAGGUCAAUGCUAAUGCCAGAGUUGCUGUUAUUGGUCUUAUUGAUAAAGAACGCGAGGGAGAGCAGAUCGAUAGAGCACUGUUGAAGAAUGUGAUUGACAUAUUUGUUGAGAUUGGGAUGGGACAAAUGGAAGCUUAUGAAGGGGACUUUGAAGCAUACAUGCUAGGAGAUAGUGGUGAAUACUAUUCUCGUAAAGCAUCAAAUUGGAUUUUGGAGGAUUCUUGUCCCGAUUACAUGCUGAAGGCAGAGGAAUGCUUGAAAAGGGAGAAGGAAAGAGUUUCUCAUUACCUUCAUUCAAGUAGUGAACAGAAGCUGGUGGAGAAAGUGCAACAUGAGUUGUUGGUGGUUUAUGCAACUCAACUGCUUGAUAAGGAGCAUUCUGGAUGUCGUGCUUUGCUUAGAGAUGAUAAGGUGGAAGAUCUUUCUAGGAUAUAUAGACUUUACAACAAAAUACCUAAAGGGUUGGAACCUGUUAGUAGUGUAUUCAAACAGCAUGUUACUGCUGAAGGUACAGCCUUGGUCCAGCAGGCUGAAGAUGUUGCAAGUAACCAGGCUUCAAGUGGAGCUGGCACACAGGAACAGGUCCUUGUCAGAAAAAUAAUUGAGCUGCAUGACAAGUAUAUGGCAUAUGUCACCGAUUGCUUUUUAAACCACACUCUCUUUCACAAGGCUCUGAAAGAGGCUUUCGAGGUAUUUUGCAAUAAAGCUGUUUCUGGGAGUUCAAGUGCUGAAUUACUUGCUGGAUUCUGUGAUAAUAUCCUCAAGAAGGGUGGGAGUGAGAAGUUGAGUGACGAGGCCAUUGAAGAAACACUUGAGAAGGUAGUUAAGCUACUUGCUUAUAUCAGUGACAAGGAUCUUUUUGCAGAAUUCUACAGAAAAAAACUUGCCCGUCGGCUACUUUUUGAUCGGAGUGCCAACGAGGACCAUGAAAAAAGUAUUCUGACCAAGCUUAAGCAGCAAUGUGGUGGACAGUUCACCUCAAAAAUGGAGGGAAUGGUCACUGAUUUGACAUUAGCUCGGGACAAUCAGGCCAACUUUGAGGAAUAUCUUCACAAUAACCCUGACGUAAAUCCUGGGAUGGACUUAACAGUCACUGUGCUUACAACUGGUUACUGGCCAAGUUAUAAAUCGUUUGAUCUGAACCUUCCUGAAGAGAUGGUGAAGUGUGUUGAAGUUUUCAAGGGAUUCUAUGAAACAAAAACGAAGCACAGAAAACUUACAUGGAUUUACUCAUUGGGAACUUGCAAUGUUAAUGGCAAGUUUGAACCCAAAAACAUUGAACUGGUCGUGUCAACGUAUCAGGCUGCUCUCCUGCUUCUCUUCAAUACUGCUGAUAAAUUGAACUAUUCAGAGAUAUUGACUCAGUUGAACCUUACCCAUGAUGACUUGGUUAGAUUACUUCAUUCGCUGUCAUGUGCCAAGUACAAGAUCCUCAUUAAGGAGCCAAAUACAAAGACUAUCUCUCCAACUGACAGCUUUGAAUUCAACUCUAAGUUCACAGACAGAAUGAGAAGAAUUAAGAUUCCUCUCCCACCAGUGGAUGAAAGGAAGAAGGUAAUUGAAGAUGUUGACAAAGACAGGCGAUAUGCUAUUGAUGCUGCAAUUGUGAGGAUUAUGAAGAGUCGGAAAGUUUUGGGUCAUCAACAAUUAGUCAUGGAGUGUGUUGAGCAGUUGGGACGUAUGUUCAAGCCUGACAUCAAAGCAAUUAAGAAGCGCAUUGAAGAUCUCAUCACCCGUGACUACCUGGAGAGGGACAAGGAAAACCCUAACAUGUUCAAGUAUCUUGCAUGA